AUGGUCGCCGACGAAGAAAAGCCCGCCGUGGCUCCCACGGCCUCCAUGGACCCUGAGUCCGCCGCCGCCGACUUGAAGCCUCGCGCCCUGCAGGCGAUGGUCGAGGCCGAUCUCCUCGAUGAGCGCUACAAAGUGACCCAGAGAGGGUUGAAGAACCGACACGUCCAGAUGAUGGCGCUGGGAGGUACCAUUGGCACCGGUCUGUUCGUUGGCAGUGGUCAGGCGCUGGCUAUCGGAGGUCCUCUGUCGUUGUUGCUGGGCUACAUCUUCAUCUCCGUGCUGGUCUACUGUCUGGUGACGGGAAUCGCCGAGGUGGGCGCCUACAUGCCUGUCCAUGGCGGGACUAUGAGCUACCACGGCUUCCGGUACGUCUCGCGCAGUAUGGGCUUCGCCAUGGGGUACCUCUACUGGUACUCGCUGGGCAUCCUGGUGCCGUACGAGAUUGUCGCUGCCUCCAUGGUCAUUGAAUACUGGCACUCGGGGGUACAUAUCGCCGUCUGGAUCACCAUCAUGCUGGUCGUCAUUGUUCUGCUCAACUUCAUGCCCGUCCGCGCCUACGGUGAAACCGAAUUUUGGUUCGCGGGCAUCAAGAUCAUCACGCUGAUCGGCCUCCUGCUGCUCUCCUUCAUCCUGUUCUGGGGUGGCGGGCCCAAUCGGCAGCGACUAGGGUUUCACUUCUGGAAAGCCGACGGGGCCAUGAACACGUACCUGGUCAGCGGCGACGCCGGUCGUUUCGUCGGGCUGCUGCAGUGCAUCGUCAAGAGCGCCAUUGCGUUUAUUUUUGCCCCCGAGCUGGUGGUCAUUAGUGGUGGUGAGGUGGAGUCCCCCCGACGCAACGUGCCCACGGCCGCGCGCCGCUACAUCUACCGACUGGUCUUCUUCUACCUGCUCGCCGCCCUGGCGAUCGGCGUCAUCUGUUCGUCCCGCGACAAGCGCAUCACGGACGGCAGCGGCACCGACGCAUCGUCCUCGCCCUUUGUCGUGGCCAUCGCCAACGCCGGCAUCCCCGCGCUGGACAGCAUCGUGAACGCCGCCAUCCUGACCUCCGCCUGGUCCGCCGGCAACUCCUUCCUCUACAUGUCGUCGCGGUCGCUGUACUCGCUCGCCGUCUCCGGCAACGCGCCCAGCAUCUUCAAGGCCUGCAAUCGCUGGGGCGUGCCGUACCUAGCCGUCGGCGUGUCGGCGCUCUUCUCGGUGCUGGGCUACCUCGCCGUCGGCAGCGGCAGCUACACCGUCUUCAACUGGCUGAUCAACUUCACCAACACGUCCGGCUUCAUCAGCUGGAUCUGCUGCAGCAUCGUGUACUUCCGCUUCAACAAGGCCUGUCGCGUGCAGGGCAUCGAGAAGCCGUACAACUCGCGUCUGCAGCCGUACGGUAUGUGGAUCGCCUUGGUCGGAUGCGUCUUCCUCCUGCUCAUCAACGGCUUCACUUGUUUCUUCCCGAGCGAGUGGUCCGCCUCGAACUUCUUCACGGCGUACAUCGGCAUCCCGGCGUUCGUGGUGCUGUAUGCCGGCCACCGCAUCGUCUUCUGGAAGGAUCCCUGGGCGUGGCGGCCGGAGGAUGUCGAUAUGCACACCGGUCUGGCGGAGAUUAUUGCGGCCGAGGUGCCUCCGCGGCCGCGGGAUACCUGGUGGCGCAAGAUGAUGGUGCUGGUUGAGUAG